AUGAAGCCUUCUAGAGGUUUAUUAAAUAAAAUUCAUAAUAUUGGAGUAACAAUACAACCAGAAAUCAAUGAUUCGGAUCCGAAUUUUGAACAAUCUGAGGAUUUAUAUGGUUCUGAUCUCGACGAUUCGGACGACCAAUAUGUAAAUGAUAAUUUCCGGGAAGGCGACAAGUCAACAGACGCAGUUCUCUGUUGUGCCAUGUGCUUCACACCAGUAUCUUAUCAAUGCAAACUGAAAAAGAAUUCAUUUGUGUCAAAAUCGGUUGUAAAUUUAUUUGAUGAUGAUGCAACAGAUGAUUCUUCCAAAAUGGCUUCAUCUGAAGAUGUUAUGGUUACACCUGAUUCCAAUAAACGAAGAAUGAGAAAAAAAUUAAUAAAUGAAAAGAGAACAGCUAAAUGUGUAGAAUGUAACAAUAUAGUGGCACAUAUCGAUGAAUCGAACAAUUAUAUAUUUAAAGAUGUGAUCGCAAGUAAACCAUAG